UAAACUGCAGUUGCCCUCCAGCUGUACCUUGGACAAGGAAACAGAAAGGUGGUUAUCCUGUAUGCAGAGAAGGGGUGUGGAGUCAGUACACAUUAAAGCCAGAAAGACCCGUCUGACAGGUGUGAAGUCAGUGGAAAUCUGAUCACAGACGUGUAUCAUGGGACCUUCCUGUCUGUCUGAGAAGCUCUAACGAAGCCAGAGACAGAAGCAACCACACAGGCAAAAGGAAGAUGAGGCGCUCAUUACAUAUCUCUUCCAAAGACAAAGGGGAAGUUGAACUGUGCUAACUAAGGAGGUGCAGGACAAAGCAUGGUAACCAGCAAAGGACAGACGCUGACGAAAGGUGCUGGAGCUGUUGACUCAAGAGGUGAGAAAUGGAAGGAGGACAUUUCCGUGGACCCUCUCGUACCUUGCUGAAUUGCUCUAGUGAUGACCAGCUUUGCCGUGUCCAAACAUAUGAGCCUGAGAUCAUUAUUGUUCCUGUGUUAUUUGUUGGAAUCAGUGUGAUUCUGUUAGCAGCUAUAUUUUGUCUACAGUACCGAGCACGGAAACAAAGAGAUCAGGAGAAACAAGAUGCACAAUCGCAACAAAGAAUAGGUCAUCAGACCUCAACAAUAUCUCUGGAGGAUUUGUCCUUGGAGUCUGUUUUGAGAACAAAAGAUGCCUCUCUCCAGACUGUGGAGAUGCCAAGGGAAAAUAUCAGGAAACCUCUCCAGCUGGUUGGAGAAGGAAGGUUUGGUCCUAUCUACAGAACUGUGCUAAAAGACCCAGAAGGAGGACGAGAAAGAAACAUAAUCAUCAAGCAGUUAAGAGCAACUGCUGAACCUCGUGAGGUUCGUUAUUUCCUAAAUAGGGCAGCAUUUCAGCCUUGGUUGGGCCAGCACGCACAUCUUGUUGAUAUGCUUGGAUGCUGUUCUUUACAAGAGCCAUUUUAUAUUAUACAAGAGAACUUGGAGCCAGGAUCCCUUCUGAACUUCUUAUGGGAUUGCCGCAGGGAUGUGAUGUCCAUGGAUGGAAUUCUGUAUGAUAUCACAGAGUGUCAAGUGUACAGCAUAGCCCUUCAGAUCCUUUCAGCACUGGAGUUCUUGCACCAGCGCAAUCUACUACAUGGCGACGUGGCAGCACGUAAUGUCCUAAUCCAAAGUAAUUUUACUGCAAAACUAGGUGGAUUAGGUGGAGCCUGUGAUAUGCGGCUUAGAGGGACAUUUCCAUCUCGACGCCCUGCACCACUUAAAUGGAUGGCCCCAGAGCGUCUUCUUCACUUACCUCUACCUGUAAAAUCUGAUAUAUGGUCUUUUGGAAUUUUUAUGUACGAGAUUAUAACUUUGGGUGCACCUCCUUACCCCGAGAUUCCUCCCUCAAAUAUACUUCAGCAUUUACAAAGAGGAAACAUCUUAACGAGACCUUCUAACUGCAAUCCAUCUAUGUACAGUAUCAUGAAGUCCUGCUGGGCAUGGAAGGCAUCGGACCGCGUUUCCCUAUCAAACCUGCGUAAACGCCUGGAAGUUGGGAAGAAAAACUCCAAUGACAAGACAGUACUGCAGGUUCCAGAGUUAGUGGUUCCUGAACUCUAUGCAGUGGUUGCUGGGACAGAGAUUCUAAAAAUGGAGAUUGAUUACACUGUUCUUUAAAUUUUAGAAAAAAAUAGACCUUAAAUGGUACAUUUGGGCUCACAAAUUCACACUUAGACUCCACGCGGAGAGGAGUCAGUAUUUGUGACCUAAAUGUGAGACUCUGAAAACUCUUUCCUCUCGGUUUACAUUGUGAAAGGGAAUCCGACUUGCUGAUAAUUGUUCACAGUUGAAGAAAGAAUAAAGAAGAAACCGGUCAAGAUAUUCCUGCAGGGAUUUCCUGAGGCAUAAUCAUUUUCGUCAAACAUGUUUACUGAAAUAUGACUGAAGCGUUUAGAAUAUUCCAUCCUUUGCUCCGAUUUUACAUAGACCUGAUGUCAAUUGAUGAACUCUAUCAUCCAUGCAUCAAUUGUCACAGAGUUUUUUGUUAAUUUUUUAUUUUUUAUUUAUCUCUGUUUAGCUGUGAAAUGUUUUUGGACUUGCAGAUAUUGCAAGCCAACGCAUUUGUAUUCUUCAAAGAAGUUGUGCUCCUGUGAUUUAAUUUGUUACAUAGAAUUAUAAGAUCUCUGACUACAUAUCAUUGGAUACAGGGUCCAUAGACUUGCCAUUAAACAAUGCCCAUCAAAAAAAUUCUACAACCUUGUUCUCAGUCCCAUACCCUUCUUCUAAAACCCACCCAUCUCCAGAAAUUGUCUUCUAAAGACUACUGUGUCCUUCCUUCUCACAUUAUGUUCUCCACUUUAAGCCUUGCCAUCUUAUACGUUAGAAGAGCAAGAACAGGUCACAUAGACUGUUACAGAUGUAAAAUAAUCAUCAAAUCCUAUUAGAUUUAUUCAUAUAUUGAGACUCUUAGUAUAGCAGCUAGGUACAGUGCUAGAUCGUUUACUGCGGUCUUCAGGUAGUGCUAUUUA